GACUGCGCACCCGCUGCGGCUCCUCCGCGCCAUGGAGACCCUGAAGACCCUUCUGGUGAUCAGCGCCCUGCUCCUCCUGCCCGCUGAAGCCCAGCAGGCCACGGAGCAUCGCCUGAAGCCGUGGCUGACGGGCCUGGCUGCCGUUGUGGGGUUCCUGUUCAUAGUCUUCGUCCUCUUGCUCGUCAACCGCGUCUGGUGUUCCAAACGGAGAGCUGAGGACGAUGAAUCCAUGUUCAGAAUGGAGACCAACCUGUACCUGAACACGGACCUGAGUAAAGAAAGCAAGAGGGAGAAGGAGAAAAAGGCCAAGAAGGAAGGAGAGAGCAACUUGGGGCUGGAACUGGAGGAGAAAGAGGAGCCCAGAUACCAGGAGAAAGCCAAGAUCACAGCCAUGUGAAGAUUUCCUGCCCUCCUCCUCCAGGCAGGCCCCCAGAGAUGCCUCAGUAACAA